UAGCAAAACUUCCCCAGACCUUGAGUUAUAGACAAGCAUCGUCUUGGAUGUUACACCUGCAGAGAGCGGGAGGUUCAGAGAGCUCCAUAAGGAUUUGUCUGGGUAGCGGAGCAAUACCAUGGUUCUCUGCAUAGGUUCACAGACUCUUCACUGAGUUAUAUGCCUCUGAAUACUUAAUAAAAUUGUCCUUUAUUUGAUGUGUAUUGCUGUAAGCAGAGAAUGCUUUCACUAGUCCCAUGGAUGGUAUGGGUCUCGUCUGUCUGCUUUCUACAAGGCAGGCCUGGGUCCUGUAAGGAGAUUAAGCUACCUAGCAGGGUAGGGAAGGCCCCUUCCCCAUCUGACUUCCUGGAUAAACUUAUGGGAAGGACAUCUGGGUAUGACGCCCGCAUUAGACCCAACUUCAAAGGUCCUCCUGUGAACGUCACCAUUAACCUCUUCAUCAACAGCUUUGGAUCCAUCACAGAAACCACAAUGGAUUAUCGUCUCAAUGUGUUUCUACGUCAACAAUGGAACGACCCGCGACUGGCCUAUAAGGAGUACCCUGACGACUCUCUGGAUCUGGAUCCUUCCAUGUUGGACUCCAUCUGGAAACCUGACCUUUUCUUUGCCAAUGAAAAGGGGGCAAACUUUCACGAAGUCACCACAGACAACAAACUGCUGCGGAUAUUUCAAGAUGGGAAUGUCCUCUACAGUAUCAGGUUAACUCUGAUCCUGUCCUGCCCCAUGGAUCUGAUGAAUUUCCCCAUGGACAUUCAGACAUGCUCUAUGCAGCUGGAAAGCUUUGGCUACACCAUGAAUGACCUGUGUUUCCAGUGGCUGGACAUUGGUCCUGUCCAGGUGGCUGAUGACCUGAUGCUUCCUCAGUUUGUGUUGAAAGAAGAGAAAGACUUGGGCUACUGCACCAAGCACUACAACACAGGUAAAUUUGCCUGCAUCGAGGUAAAGUUCCACCUGGAGAGACAGAUGGGCUACUACCUGAUCCAGAUGUACAUCCCCAGCCUGCUAACCGUUAUCCUCUCCUGGGUCUCCUUCUGGAUCAACAUGGACGCCGCCCCGGCUAGAGUGGGCCUUGGUAUCACCACAGUGCUCACCAUGACAACCCAAAGCUCUGGGUCCAGGGCAUCUCUGCCUAAGGUGUCUUAUGUGAAGGCCAUUGAUAUCUGGAUGGCUGUGUGUCUUCUUUUUGUGUUCGCUGCACUGCUGGAGUAUGCAGCAGUAAACUUUGUUUCACGGCAACACAAAGAGUUCUUCAGACUGAGGAAAAGGAUCAAAGAACAACAGCGGCAGAGAACUCAGAGAAGUGGAAGUGGGGAGAGCAGCCAAGUGAAAGGUAACAACUUGCCAGGCAACAACUCCUCCCAGGGGACCCUGCCUGGCCCUCAGCAGUGCAGCGUCUGUGCCAGGGAGCAGGAGCUGGUGGAGCAGAGCCAGGCCUAUUUUCUCCAUAGUUAUGGAGUAGCAGGCGAUGCACCACCAGAGAUGGAUGCCCCAAUCUUUCAGGCCUUACCUCAUGGGUUCCCACUGUAUGACAUCCGCAGGCAGUUUGUAGAUCGGGCAAAAAGGAUCGACACCAUAUCUAGGGCCGUGUUCCCUCUGAGUUUCCUCUGCUUCAAUGUUUUCUAUUGGCUCACCUACAAAGUGCUGCGGAAUGAAGCCAUCCGAGCUACUCUGUGACAAACCAACAUGAGGACUGAAUUACAGCACUAAAAACCAAUACGGAGUUGAACCUAGUCUUCCACAGAACACUUUUACAGACAAUGUCAAAUCCAUUCGCUGUGCCAAUGGAAAAAUAAUUGACUGCAUGUCCAGUUCCAUUCAUUUUUUCACUAAAGUUAGCAAACCUGAUGUAGUCCAAGUGUCAUCCUUAAGGGGGCAAUCUGCAGUUUAUACAAUAACAAAGUUUCACCCCACCACUGAUUUGGUAAACAACAAUGGGAUUGGGCUGGAGAAAUAUAAUCACUCAAAUGUGUAGACUGCUCUGGAUGCAAUUAAUGACCCUCCAAGAAUCAAAUGUGUAGAUAUAAAUUAAGUCCAAACGCAUAUUGCCCCUUUAACUCUCUAUUUUUUUACAAUUCCAGUCGAAUGCACUAAUUAGCACAAAUAUUGUAGUCCUUGUACUAUGGACACUUAAUGUCACCCUCAUGGAGCAAGCACAAGCCCAGAUAUUGAGGCAGGACUGCAUGGAAAUGUUGGAUUCCCCUCCUCCCCGGAAUUGUAUUUUAUACUCGUUUCUGGCAAAUUGUUAAUAAAUCCCUACAAAUGA